AUGGCUCCAGUUCCGUUCAAGUACCAGUCCGAGCCAGCCCCGUACACAUCGCCGCACCUGCUUCAGAACGUGUGGCGACGAGUCUACCCAGAGGGUGCUGAUCCAGUGUAUCAGGUGUAUCGGGAACAUCUGGCCGGUUCGCUGUAUGAGUACUACGCGGAGGUCACUCUACACCACAGUUCUCCUUACGACGCUUGCACCCAUUCCUCUAAGGAUGGUUUCGCUUCCACGUUGUCUCAGGCCAUCCAGUUUGCUGCACUCGAGGCUCUUGUAGACCUGCGCUACAAUGAUGUUCGCAUGCAGGCCCACCCAGGAAUGCCACCAGACAGGGAGCUUGAGUUUGCAAUUCAUCUUGUGCCUGGAACCGCACCGUUAUACAAGAAGUAUUAUCAGAUGCCUUCGUUAGAAUUGGUGGAAUUGAAGAAACAGCUUGAUGAGAUGCUUCAGAAAGGAUACAUCCGUCCGAGCUCUUCACCAUGGGGAUCACCCGCGAUAUUUGUGGACAAGAAGGACAACAGUCUUCGGAUGUGUGUGGAUUACCGUUAG